AUGACUGAAGAGAAGAGGAAGGAGAACGUGGAUGCUCAGGACGCAUCUGACGUCGAGGACAACAGCGACACCGCCUCGAGCGACACCUACGACUCCCACGAUCCAGAGUCGGAAUACUACGAUCCUGAGAACGGGUUUCGGAAACAGCCGAUUGAAGAGGUGCGCCAAAAGGUUGAGGAGAUGGAGCAGUGUUAUCUAGACGCGCAGGCCGAAAUGAAGGAACUCGCAGAAAUGAUGGAGAAGUACAAGUCCCUUAAGUCCAAGUGCAACAAGCUGUCUGCCUACCGGGUCUACCAGGGGCCGUGGAGUGUGUACAUGGAACGAAUGGAGCAGGAGUUUCCCAACGAGAAGUUUGAGAUACACGAGGAGAACACUCUGUUCAAUAUCAGUCAGCAGUUCGAUGAGCUGACCAACGAGCUUCUGAGAGAGUCUGCGUUGCAGGUGACCAAAGAUGUGUAG